GAUGAACGAUCAGUAGUCAACAGGGUAAAAAUAGCACUCCUAAAGAAGAUGCAUUUUCCAGUUAGAUACCAACUUGAAAGAGGGAACUUUAGCAUAAAACCCACAUGGAAAACUGAGAUUUGGCAAAUAACAUAUAAAGAGAGGCUUAUUUGACGCCAAACCAACAACAGUAGUUACUAAAACAUAAAUUGCUAAUGUAUGAUUUAAAAGGUGGAUUUUAUGAUGUAAUGUCAACUUUAUAUAUUUCUAUCCCGGGACUAUUCAAUUUUGAACUCACCCACAGCAAUUCUCCAUAAAUCUGCUGUGGAUUACCCAGAAUCCCGAAAUAAAUUAAUACAUAUGUGAUCAUUCAAAAACAUAACUGGUUGUGUUUAUAGGGAACCAGAUCGUGAACACAACUAAGUUACUAAGUCUAUAACCACACUGUAUUGUUACACUGGUGAGUAAAAACUCAUGCUUCCUACACUAACUUUUUGUCUGAACAUUAUAAUAUAUAUUUUACGUCACACUAGCGUCAUUGUCUUAAAGUCACACAUCUCCAUCGCAGUCAGAGGUUCAGACUGAGCGUUACCAACUCCAGUCAGCAGAUGGCGGUGUGCGAUUUUAAGGCAAUGCUGUUAGUGUGACGUAUAAUCUAGUGGACGGAACGCAAUGCUGUUAGUGUGACGUAUAAUCUAGUGGACGGAACGCUUCUUUCAGCAACAGUUAUUCAGCCACCUCGGUAGCUUGCUAGCCAAAAUAGCCGAACCCAUACAGCUCUUUAGACGCUUUAGCGUAUAUUAGCCACUGUAUUUUAAACCCUCGUCUGUCGUCUAGUUAGUUAGUUAUCCUAUUUCAUUUCAUAUUUACGGUGUUGUUGUUAUUAUUCAGCUAGCGGGCUGGUUAAGUUAGCAUUAGCCUAGCUAGCUAACAUCUCCGACCAUGAGUUCACUAAAUUACUCUCUUCCUGCUGAAGAAGAGACGGUCUGCUGGACGGAGAAAGAAGCUCUCAUCAAAGAGGAGGAGGAAGAGAAGGAUGUUACAAUACAAAAACAAGUAGAGGGUGAGGUUGUUACCCUGAAAGAAGAAGAGAAAGACGUUUCAGUGAAAGAAGAGGAAGACGUUACAGUGAAAGAGGAGGGGUUCCGAGUGAAAGAGGAGGAAGGUGUUACAGUAAAAGAUGAGGAGGAUUCAGUUUUUGAAGUGAAAGCGGAGGAGGGGGAGAAUACGGUCUCAUCGGAAGAAGAGGAGGAAGAAACUGGAUAUCUGGGCCCGAUUUCCCAAACACAAUUUAAGGCAUCCAGUGGUUCUAAAGAUGAACUUAGCCAUAAGAUGGUUUUGAGAAACCGGGCCGUGAUUACCACUGGAGAGAGACGGGACUACCGUGGGUCCUCUGGGGAGCCUCAACAACCUCAUGAUGCUGACGAGGCAGAGAAGAGUCUCUCCACAUCAGAACACUUCAAGAAACACCAGCAGAGAUCCACAGGGAAGAAAUCUCACUGCUGCUCUGACUGUGGGAAGAGAUUCACCUCAGCAGGCAUUACAAUUCAUCAGAAAAUCCACACAGUAGAGAAACCUUAUAGCUGUCAAUGUGGGAAGAGUUUUACUCAUUCAACCAGCCUGAUAACACACCAGAGAACACACACAGGAGAGAAACCGUAUAGCUGUACUCAAUGUGGUAAGAGUUUUACUCAGCUAAGCAACCUUAUAUCACACCAGAGAACACACACAGGAGAGAAACCAUAUAGCUGUGGUCAAUGUGGGAAGAGUUUUGGUCAAUCUAGCACUCUGACUCUACACCAAAGAAUACACACAGGAGAGAAAUCUUAUAGCUGUACUCAAUGUGGUAAGAGUUUUACUCAGCUAAGCAACCUGAUAUCACACCAGAGAACACACACAGGAGAGAAACCAUAUAGCUGUAAUGAAUGUGUGAAGAGUUUUAUUCAUCUAAGCAGCUUGAUGUCACACAAGAGAACACACACAGGAGAGAAAUCUUAUAGCUGUACUCAAUGUGGGAAGAGUUUUGAUACAUCUAGCCAUCUUAUUGUACACCAGAGAAUACACACAGGAGAGAAACCUUAUAGCUGUGGUCAAUGUGGGAAGAGUUUUGGUCAAUCUAGCACUCUGACUCUACACCAGAGAAUACACACAGGAGAGAAAUCUUAUAGCUGUGGUCAAUGUGGGAAGAGUUUUACUACAUCUGCCCAACUGACUCUACACCAGAGAACACACACAGGAGAGAAACCUUAUAGCUGCUAUCAAUGUGGGAAGAGUUUUACUACAUCUGCCCAACUGACUCUACACCAGAGAACACACACAGGAGAGAAACCUUAUAGCUGUGAUCAAUGUGGGAAGAGUUUUGCUGCAUCUAGCACUCUGACUCUACACCAUAGAAUACACACAGGAGAGAAACCUUAUAGCUGUGAUCAAUGUGGAAAGAGUUUUGGUCGAUCUGGCCAGCUGACAUCACACCAGAGAAUACACACAGGAGAGAAAUCUUAUAGCUGUGCUCAAUGUGGAAAGAGUUUUGGUCGAUCUGGCCAGCUGACAUCACACCAGAGAAUACACACAGGAGAUAAAUCUUAUACCUGUGGUCAAUGUGGGAAGAGUUUUACUACAUCUAGCAUUCUGACUGUACACCAGAGAACACACACAGGAGAUAAACCUUAUACCUGUGGUCAAUGUGGGAAGAGUUUUACUACAUCUAGCUCUCUGACUGUACACCAGAGAAUACACACGGGAGAGAAACCUCAUAGCUGUGAUCAAUGUGGGAAGAGGUACACUGAUAAAAGAUCUCUGAUUAAACAUCAGAAAAUACAUGGAGUUGUUUCAUGAUAUCAAUGAAAUAAUGUCACAAUGUAGAAUGUUUUAACAUUGUAGAAGGAGUAUUUUAAUAUUAUCACAAUGUAGAAUGUUUUAACAUUGUAGUAGGAGUAUUUUAAUGAUGUCACAAUAUAGAAUGUUUUAACAUUGUAGAAGGAGUUUUUUAAUGAUGUCACAAUGUAGAACCCUAAAUGUUUGUCCCCUGUUCUAUUGAUUUCAACAUGAUAUGGAUAUUAGCCUCAGGGGGAAUAAUCCAGGCUCUGAAUUGAAAGAGUACUAUUUAUGAGAUUUAACAAAAAGUGACUAACACAAAAAGAGCUGCGAUCUAUUUUCUACAAAUUGUCCUCUAAUCAGGGAUGUACACAUUAUUCCCAUAUUCUGUGUGGUUUUUGAGCUGUUAGUUUUAACAGGACGCGUAACCUCAUCUCCCUUCUGUCACACAAUUAAUUUUGACAUGAUAUCGAUGAGUGAUGACAAAUAAGUGUUGUGUUCGUUUGUUUAGCGACCCCUACAUUUAAAUUCAUCACUCCAAAAUGUAGCUGACUGUCUUCUGCGGGUUGUCAUCUAACCAGUGAGGUUAAAGAUAUCUCCCAUUUCCAUGUUUUUCUUUUGUUGUUAGUUUCAACAGCACGUACAACCGGAUUUCCCCCCUAAUCGAUAUCAGUGAUUUAUUGCUACUUGUCAAAACAACAGCGUUUCUGGUGCUUGUGCAGUUUAUAAGGUGCUUGUUUUAAAAAAUAUUAUUAUUGUGGCAGAUGUUUGUGUAAAUAGCACAUGUUAGGUUUUCAAUUUAUCCCAAACUGUUUCUGCAUAUUGGUUAUUGAUUUGGACAUGUUAAAACUGUGUUUUGACAUUGGGCUAUCCCACCUAGCAAAAUGUAAUUGAAAAGCCGUUGAAAAUAAUACUAUGCAAUCAAAUAUUUCAUAUUAACAUUUCAUGUAACAUUUAGUAAUGAAAUUUAUUCAUGCAACCAACUGACAAUUUUUUGGGUACAAUUAUAUUGACAUUGUUGCCCUGCUUUUAGAAUAUCAAGGUUAAUUCUCAGAUGUGCCAACCCAAAUGUACUAGAGCAUGACAUUGGGGACUGGGACCCGAUCCAACAACAUGCCUAUCUAGUGAACUCUGAAAAGAGAGAGAAGCUCCGCAGUGAGGUGGAAAGUUACUACGGAUAUUGCAGGAGUUUCCUCUUGAAAUCAGACAUGUCUGUGGUGAGAACAACCUGGUUGCUGAUUGUCUCAAGGGGGGCAGUCAAAAUGUUUUGUGUUUUGCGUUUAGCCAAUGCAUUGCCAUGGAUCACAGUUUAUUUUGACUGCACGUUUUUCCGUAUUGGAGAUGAGUUUUGUUUGGGCUCGUUCCAAGGGGACAAGAGUUCUAGAAGCGAGUGAGUUUUAGGAAGACGAGAGUUCUAGAAGCUAGUGAGUUCUAGAAGCUAUAGAAAGAAAAAUCUUUGUGGGAAUAAUAAAAAAUAAAUAUUGUUUGUAAUUGUUGUUUGCCAGUAGACAGACACCAUGUUUAUAUUGGUGACGGUGAAGCAUUGUAGUUGAUUAUAAUGUGAAAUUGAAGUUGUUUUCUGUUGUUGGUGAGCAUUCUCUUAGCAAACUUAAGGUGUUAGUUAGUCUUUGGUUUUUCCAUUUAUGUUUUGAGGUUGGACUUUAGCACAUAUAGCUAGUUAGCACGUAGGACGCACUGAUUGGUGUCACCUCGUUAGUCAGUAUGUGUUACACCUGUGCUGGCUUGUCCAUCUCGUUAGUGGGAAGGUGUUUCACCUGAGCUGGUCCAGGUUCUAUUUAAGAGUGUCUGGCCCAGUGCUCCAGUUGUCUUGAUAGAUGUGGAGAGUCAACACCUUCAGUUGCUCCACCUUUUUGGUUUGCUUCCUGUCUUUAAGUUUGGUGUGGGUUUUUAUAUUGUUUGCCUCUUCUUGGGCAGAUUUAGUGGGUCUCAUGGUGGGUGUCUUUUAGGUCCCAGUUGUUGUUACUAGUCAACUUUCAGUCGACACCCCCAUAAUGUCUUUGAGAACCACUCCUAAAAAACAAGCUUAUAUUUUGGGUUGGAUAUUUCAUCCAAUUAGUGUUUUAAUCAAUGGCAUUUCCUUAGAAUGCUUAAUGUUAAUCUUCUGUUUUUUUUGUGUACUAAAUAUUUCUGGGUAUUUUCAUUGUUUUCUCCUGUGAAGCCAUUGUGUUGCA